AUGAUCAGAACAAGAAUUAUAAAUAGUGGAAGAUUGAAUUUAUUUAGAUAUAUAUCUAAUGAAACCGAAGCUGGUAAGAGAUUCAUUCAAACCAUACCUAUAACAAAAGAAAAACCAGAUUUUUAUCAAUCUUUAAAUUUAAAUAAUUUCAAAAGUAAGAAUAAUAGAGAUACUACCAAUUCAUUAUCCAGUUCAAAAUGGUCUAGCAUUAAAACUGAAAAGGAAGUACCUUUAAGAAGAUCUAGAACAUCAAGAUUCAAAAAACUAGAAGAACAUAAAUUUGAAAAUAAUGAACCAAAAGUUAAUUUACAAACUACAUCAAAUAUUAAAGUUAAAGAAGAUAAUGUUGUUGAAGAAAAACAAUCAAUAGCAUCCACAACUACAGAAUCCACAAUUGCUAGUGAAGGUACAAUUGAAAAACCUAAGAAGAAAAGAAGAACUUUAAGACCAAGAAAAGCCAUAAUAACUUUAUCUCCAACAGCUGUUGAACAUUUAAAAGGUUUAUUAGAAAAACCUGAAGGUAAAUAUAUUAGAAUUGGAGUUCAAAAUAGAGGUUGUUCAGGGUUAACUUAUCAUUUAGAGUAUGUCAAUGAAUGUGGUAAGUUCGAUGAAUUAGUUGAACAAGAUGGAGUUAAAGUUUUUGUUGAUUCAAAAGCUCUUUUCUCAAUUGUGGGAUCAGAAAUGGAUUGGUUAGAUGAUAAAUUAUCAUCAAGAUUCAUUUUCAAAAAUCCAAAUUCAAAAGGUACCUGUGGAUGUGGUGAAUCAUUCAUGGUUUAA